UUCUGUGGCAGCACAAUGACCAAACGAUACACUAUGUGAGGCUCUUGAUCAUAUCUUUGGUCAUGACACUGGUGAGGAGGAGAGAGGCCAGGAAACUGACAGUGAAGUUACACUGACAGAGAAGUUAAAGGAGGAAAUGUCAGAAGUUGAAGACAACACAGAAUAUGAUCCAGACCAAGAGACAACUGAUGUGGAACAAUCCAGUGAUGAGGAAGAGGACCCUGCUGAGGUUGUUACAUUCUGGUCAAAGAAUGGGAAUUUGUCCUGGUCUGCAUCCCCACCUGAGAGGAGAGGUUGGCUGUCGGCUGUUAUCAGGAUGACCCUAGGGCCAACGAGAUACGCCAUAUCCCAGGUUGAUGACAAAAUCCUGCUUCGAACUGUUCCUGACAGAGUCAAUCAAAACUAUAGUGAUAAACAUGACCAACUUGGAGGGGAGAAGCGUUUACAAAGACAACUGGAACGAGGUAGACCGGACAGCCGUCGAAGCAUACGUGGAUCUCUUGAUUUUGGCUGGUGUGUACAGAUCCAGAAACGAACAUACCACCAGUUUAUGGGAUGCAGAGUCUGGUCGGGCAAUUAUUAUUUUUUGAUUCGCUACGACAACCGUGAUACAAGACCAGGCCGCCGUCAACAAGACAAGCUGGCACCUAUCAGAGAGGUUUGGCACAAGUGGGUGGAGCGCCUGCCACUCAUCUAUAACCCAAGUCCAGACAUCACAGUGGAUGAGUGUCUGGUCGCUUUUAGGGGACGCUGCCCAUUCAAACAGUACAUGCCAAGCAAACCGUCUAAAUAUGGAAUAAAGAUAUGGGCAGCAUGUGAUGCCUGGGCAAGUUAUACAUGGAACAUGCAUGUUCACACCGGGAAGCCUUCUGGCGGUGUUCCGGAAAGGAACCAGGGGAAGCGGGUGGUCCUGGAAAUGACUGCAGGUAUCCAGGGGCACAACAUAACGUGACAAUUUCUUCACCUCAUAUGCUCUUGGUCAGGAGCUGCUCCCCCCAAAAAUGACCAUGGUGGGGAUGGUCAAAGGAACAAGCCUCAUUUGCCUCUUGCCUCACUCACUACCAAGGACAGGGAUUGUUUUUUUUCCCCUCUAAGUUUGCCUUCACCGAUACACACACUCGUGUCCUACUGCCCGAAGAAAAAGAAGAAUGUGCUCCUGAUGACAACUCUGCGUAGGGAUGCCGCUGUGAGUUCCAGGGAGGACAGGAAGUCCAACGCUGUCCUGGAUUACAACAGGAACAAAGGGGGAGUUGACAACCUUGAUAAGGUCACUUGCCCAUACUCUUGUAAGAGGAUGACGGCACUUUGGCCGAUGGUGGUGUUCUUCAACAUCCUAGACAUGUCGGUCUACAACGCGUUUGUGGUGUGGAUGGAAGUGAAUCCAGGCUGGAAGCAGGGGAAAUUCUUCAAGAGGAAACUACUCCUAGAAGAGUUGGGGAAAGCCAUGGUGGCACCCCUCAUUCAAAGGCGCCAACACCUUCCUCCAACAUCAUCCUCUGCUGGAUUGGUGAGAGCUGUACAAGGGCCAGAAGCAAGAUCUACGUCCGCCAGAGACAGAAGGAAAAGGGCACUGGGUCAGCAGUGAUUGACAUAGAGAACAUGGAUGACACAUCAGGCUCCAGCUUUGAGGACAUGGGGGAGAUGCACCAGCGCAUGAAGGAGGAGGAAGAGGUGGCAGAGGAGGCGGAAGCAACUGAAGAGGAGACUGGAGAAGAUGGCGAGUUUCUGGGCAUGAAGGGUAUCAAGGGCCAGCUGAGGAGACAGGUGGCAGAUGAGGUGUGGCAAGCAGGAAAGCGUCAGGCUUCCAAAGCUUUCAACCUAUAUGCCAACAUAGAUAUUCUCCGGCCGUACUUUGAUGUAGAGCCUAUGCAAGUCAGGAACAGGUUGAUUGAAUCAAUGAUACCCAUCCGCAUGAUACAUUUUCCACAGAAGAUUGCUGGGGAGCUCUAUGGGCCCAUGAUGCUGGUGUUCACGCUGGUGGCCAUCCUCCUGCAUGGAAUGAAGACAUCAGGAACAGUUAUUAGAGAGGGUACUCUGAUGGGCACAGCCAUAGGGACGUGCUUCGGUUACUGGCUGGGAGUUUCCUCCUUCAUAUACUUCCUGGCAUAUCUGUGCAACGCUCAGAUCACCAUGGUCCAGACGCUGUCUCUGCUGGGUUAUGGUCUUUUCGGACACUGCGUGGUUCUCUUCGUCACCUACAACGUCCACUUCCACUCCCUGUUCUACAUCCUGUGGCUGGUCGUAGGAGGGCUCUCCACACUGCGGAUGGUAAAUAAGCAGGUGGCUGCUCUCAUCUCUCGGACCGUGGGACAGACCCCACGCCUCAUCCUCUGUGGAACACUGGGUGCUCUGCAUAUGCUCUUUCUGCUCUACCUGCACUUCGCUUAUCACAAGAUUGUUGAAGGUAUCCUGGACACAUUGGAAGGCCCCAACAUGCCCCCCAUCCAGAGAGUGGCUAGAGAUUUGCCUGUGGUGGCCACCGCUGCUAUGAAUGCUGUGAAUGCCACAGUGAAGACCCUUGGUGUUAUCCUACAGUCACAGUGAUGGUGUGUCCAACAUCAAAGAUGAUACCACAGGCUCAUGAGCCUGAAUUCCACAGUGGUGGUGUUGUGUAGGUAAUACAGACUGAAGUGAAGGUCAAAGACCAUUAUGGUGGCUGGUUAUAGUUGACAUUUGACCUUCAUCAUUAAACAUGAACAUUGUCUCAGUAAACGCAUCGCCAUCAGUUCACAACAACUCUUACAACUUUCAUUCUCCAUGGGAAAUGACAUGCUUACCCUGGAUGUUUAUAUUGUACUUAAUCAAAAGAACUAAAUGAUGGAGUGAGAUGUCAUGCUGGUGCUGUGACUCUUUUCAAACGAUAGCAAAUUGCCUCCACCUUUUCAUAGGGGUCUUGUAUUUGUUAAAGCAGCAUGAGUGCACUAAGAUUCCCAGCUGUUUGCAUUUGUACUCAUGUUAAGACCAAUUCAUCUCCAACUCGACACUUUCUCUCCUCUUGUAGGCUUUGUUACACGGGUUAUGGCGAUAACAUCAAUUGAUGUUUUAACGUUCUAGACGUUCAAUGGGAGGAAGGUUCUAAAGCAGUGUGUGGUGCCUUCUAUUGUUUUUCGAAGGAUUUAUUAUCAUGUAUGAUAUGGGGUAAAUUAGAGUUUAAUCUCUUGUUUUACACAAUGCACAUCCAUUGUCUGUAGUUUUAAUAACCUAACCAGAAAAAAUAACGAGAAAUGCAGUUGACAUGUCAUAUGAGAUAUGUAAUAGUGCGUUAUCUUAUGAAUAUUGUUCCUUCUAAGCACCUUUUGUUUCAUCCAAUCAUUUGUUUUGUGCAUUAUUUGUACUUCCUAACAACAUUGUUUUUGGGUGGGAUGCAAGGUGACCUCUUUUUUUAUUUUACAUGUGAAAAUGUAUUUAUAGGGUUAUUGUACAGAAAGAUACAAUGGAAAUAAACUUUAUCGACCUAA